AUGAAUGGUCAGUUCAACGUCACCCCGACCGUCGAGGAAUAUGAAUUCCAAACCAAGCGGACUCCGGGAAAGACUGGACUGAUGAUGAUCAGUAUUGGUGGCAACAACGGCACCACCCUCUGUGCGACCAUCAUUGCCAACCACCACAAUAUCAUCUGGCACACCAAAGCAGGCGUUCAGCAGCCAAACUACAUUGGUUCGCUCUUCCGCGCUUCCACCGUUCGCAUUGGCACUGAGCCCGGUUCGGGCAAGGAGGUCCAUGUCCCUGUCUCUGACGUUCUUCCCAUGGUCCAUCCCAAUGACCUCGUUCUUGGAGGUUGGGACAUCUCUGGAGUUCCCAUGGACAAGGCCAUGGAACGUGCGCAGGUUCUUGACUAUGACCUACAGCGCCAAGUCGCACCCUAUAUAGCAUUGCUCGGCAAACCCCUCCCUUCCAUCUACUACCCCGACUUCAUUGCCGCGAACCAGGAGGCUCGCGCUGACAACAUGAUUCGGGGUACUGACAAGGCCGCACACCUUGAGCAUAUUCAUGCGGAUAUCAGGAAGUUCAAGAAGGACAAUGAGCUCGAUCAAGUUGUCGUCUUCUGGACUGCCAACACAGAAUGUUACAGUGACAUCGUCCCUGGUGUCAACGACACUGCGGACAACCUCCUCGCUUCCAUCAAGAUGUCUCACUCAGAGGUGUCCCCCUCCACUCUCUUCGCCGUUGCAGCCAUCUUGGAAGGCGAGCCCUUCAUCAACGGUGCUCCCCAGAACACCUUUGUUCCGGGAGCUAUUGAGCUUGCUGAGCAUCAUCACUCCUUCAUUGGUGGUGAUGAUCUCAAGUCUGGUCAGACCAAGCUCAAGUCCGUUCUUGCUGAAUUCCUCGUCAACGCUGGAAUCAAGCCUCUUUCCAUUGCUUCCUACAACCAUCUUGGCAACAAUGAUGGCCACAACUUGUCUGCUGAGCGGCAGUUCAGGAGCAAGGAGAUCAGCAAGAGCAGCGUUGUCGACGAUAUGGUCGAUGUUAAUUGCCUUUUGUAUAAGGCCCCUGAGGUCAGACCCAAAGGCGUCCCUAUUGGCAAGGGUGAGCAUCCCGACCACAUUGUCGUGAUUAAAUAUGUUCCUGCUGUUGGGGAUUCCAAGCGCGCCAUCGACAAGUAUUACUCUGAGAUCUUCUGUGGUGGUCGUUCGACUAUCAACAUCUUUAAUGAGUGUGAGGACUCCCUCCUCGCCACGCCCCUCAUUCUGGAUUUGACCAUCCUCACUGAACUCCUCACCCGAGUUCAGUACCACAAAGUCACUCGCAAUGCCGCCAAGCAGAAGGACUUUGCGCCUCUCUACUCUGUCCUCUCCCUCCUCUCUUACAUGUUGAAGGCUCCUCUCGUCAAGCCUGGCACUGAGGUCAUUAACAGUCUCAACAGGCAGUGCAAUGCACUUGAGGGUUUCUUGAAGGCUUGCAUUGGCCUGGAGGGGAGCAGUGAUUUGCUCCUUGAGACUAGAAUCUGGUAA